GAGGAUCGAUCCAACCUAGCGCGUCUUCUGUUGCUGUCGCUAGCACACCAACGUCACCAUCAUCGAUGCCGUCGUUAUCGCCGCCGGCUCCCAGGAGCCGGAACCGAGGGAAAGAGUCCAAGAGGGUUUCCGAGAGGAGCUGGGCGGAGCUGCCCCUGGACGCGUUGCUCUGCGUCUUCCACAAACUGGACCGCGCCGACCUUAUGUUCGGGGGCCCGUCCAUGGCGUGCCGCUCCUCGCGCCAAGCGGCACGCCAGCCCGAGCUGUGGCGCUAUGUCGACAUGCGCGGCCACUCCAGGCUCAACAGGACGGCGCGGCUCUUCGCCAUCCCGUUGAGCGCGGGCCAGUGCCAGUGGUUCUUGGGCGAUCACUACGUGGACGACGACCUGCUCCUUUACCUCGCACAGCAUGCACCCUCGUUAAAGAGCCUCUGUCUCAUCGGGUCCAGGCACAACAGCAAACCAUUUGCAGAGGCACUCAAGAAGCUCCCUCUGCUCGAGGAGCUCGCGCUUUCGAAUUGUAAUUUUAGGCAUGCCUGGCGAGCGCUUGAAUUCUGCCCACAGCUGAAGCAUUAUAUACAUAUCAAGCAAUCCGUUCACCCAGGGAUAUAUCCACACAUUGGUCGACCCCAUUCCCACAACAUGGAAGCCUUUGCGAUUGCACGGUUGCCCAACUUGCUUUCCUUGCAGCUCUCCGGAGACAACCUUGAUAAUGAAGGGUUAUCAGCCAUCCUCAACAACUGCCCACACCUAGAGUCGCUUGACUUGCACAGCUGCCCCAAUAUCCACAUGGAUAGCAGCCUGCUCGUCAAGUGUGCUCAGAUCAACAACACGAAGAAACUGUGGCGGUAUGCCUUAACUGACAAUCGGGUGCAUUGUUGGGUCGACAAACAUGCAUCUUCAUAUGACAUCAACUGAUGUCUGAUCAUAUUGUGUCAAUUUUCCAUCAGGAAAACCUAUUAGGUGUUGUUGUUUGUACACGUGGCAGGACAUGUACCACGACAAUGCAUGGUGAUGACAAUGCUUAUAACUUUUGGUAUAGUGACACUUGUACUAAUCAGUAAUUGUCGCUACUUUGCUUGUGUUGUUGAUAUCCGUCUUAGAGAGCAUGAUAGGAUUAUGGACAAGGGCACACGUAGGUACACUAGAA